AUUUUCGUACGCAGUUCGGAUAGAAGCUUGGAGUUUGGAGGUGUUUUCUUGCGGGUUCAUCGCGUUCGUGACAUGUGUUUAUGUUUUUAUUGACGUACAUUACGUAAUUGCGCCCGAGGGCGCGUGAUUUCGAAAGUUUAUUUAUCUCGUGUUUUAGUGAUAUUUUGUUUGGUUGUCAGACCAGUGAUUAUUUUUGUUUGUUUGUUUUUUUUUUUGGAUUUUCUCAGGACCGCACGCCCACUACGACUUGGGAGACCGAUUGGAUUCGUUUAUUCUUCAUUGUCUGAAUGUGACAAUAGAUGGAGAAAUUUAAGGUGUGAUGGCUCGAGCUGGCAUGGCGCUGAGAAGAGGAACAAAUCAUGGAAAUACUGAAGGCACGGAUGAUGUCCAGCGUUCAAUAGAAUUGUUAGAUCGAGUGCUCUCCGAGUUCGACGAUGUGGAAAAUGCGAAUCAAGUGCAAAAUAUCCAACAACUGACCAGUUCGACCUCAACGCCUCAGCUACGUCAACUCAGCCAAAAUUCAACAGGUAGCAACGUGUCGUCCACAACCCCAGAAGACGAAAGUCCAUCAUUGGGCCAUCAGUCCGAGGACGAUGGCUACAUGAGCAUGAACGGCCGAAAACCGAAAUUCAAUCUGGCGUUUAAACCUCUGCCAGAAGUACCCGUCCAUCAUGAGACUGCCUGCCUCUCUCCCAUCCAUCCGCCUGCCGACGAUGACUUUCCCCCGCCCCCAGAAGAAGCCCAGAGACUCAUUGCCACUCUCUUACCAAAAGUUUCACCAGUACACCGACCAAAAACCAACAAUUCGAAGAACAGAUCAUUCCCGCUUACGCAACUUCCAACUAGAAUUGAAACCAUUCCUCCGCCGCAGAAAUUCCAGAACAACAGUGAAAGUCCCAGUUUGGUUAAUGGACUGCCUGACCCAAUUCACAGUGCUACGCAAACAACACUGCCUAAAACUCGCCACCAACGUCCAUAUGGAUGGGAGAAUAACGAUUUCACCCUGAACCCACCGCCUCCGCCUCCUGGGUAUAGGUUCGGUAGUUUACCUUUCCAACACUUAGGAUAUCCACUUACAUCCCCAACGAGGGUACCACCAAGAACCGUACCGACGGCGUUGGAAAGGCACAGGGAAGUGAAGAGAAGAGUGAGCGAGGACAACCUAUCCAGUGAUCUGGACGAACCCGGUCUUCGUCCACUUAGCGAGUUGGCGGAUGACGAGCAUUUCUCGGAUGACUCUCUGGAGGAAAUGCUUCCCCCACCACCCCCGAACUGUAAUAAAAGAGCUAGCAUAGCAUGGGAAGUUCCUCUGGAUGACGAAUCUCUCUUAACGCCUGGAAGUACAAAAGUUAUCGGUCGAAGAAGAAAAAAAUCAGGAUCGUUUUCUAGCACAAGUUCUAUACCUAAUAAAAUUAAGGAAUUGGACGACUGGCCCGAUCCCCCGCCAUGCACAACCGAAGACGAGGUCACUUCGCCAUUCUCUGAUUCCGACGAUCAUAUAAAUCUUCCCGCAGAACUCAAUAACCUGAAUAUUUCUGGCACAAGUACAUAUAUCGUGAGGAAGAAUAAGAAAGAUAGAAAGGCACUACUUAAUCAAUGUAGCACAGUUACCUCGAAUUCCUCCUUGAACUCCCGACUGAGCUCGGAUUUGAGCAUACCAGUAUCCAGAUUCAGCGGAGAUCUUAAUUCUUGCUUCAGUCGAGAAUUGAACACCCCAGCUUCUAGAUAUAGCGUGGAUUUGAGCAAUCCACAAUCCCGCCUUAGUCAAGAGCUCAACUCUCCCAAGUCUAGAUACAGUUUAGACUUGAAUAACUCGAGACGUUUGAGCCAGGAACUUAGCAGUUCCCCCUCGAGACUGUCCGCUGAUUUAUCCAGCUCUAGAUCAAGCACCCCCCGUAGCAAGCAAGGCAACGAGUUCCGAAAACACAGUACCACCUUCGACAAUAUCAAAUCAUUGAUAAGAGAAGGUAGUAUCGACAGUUAUAAUGCCCCACCUGUUGAAUGUGCUAACGAAUUUAACCCUGCAUCAUCUCCAAUUGUUCGUGUUGUAUCUCUACCCUCACUGAAUGCUGAAGAUUCGACACCUAGACGAGAGCUUGGAGUAACGGUAGAAGAGGAGGAGGAUGCAGAGAGCUCCCAACAAAGCGCUGAGAUCUCCCCUCUUAGAAAAAUUGAACAGAAUAUUACCGAAUUGUUGGAGCGACGCGAUAUCGAAAUAGUACAGAACGAUAAAUUCAUAUUGAACGGCGUCGAUUCCAUCCUACACUACAAACAAAGGGCGAAGAGAAAAGCUCCUGCUAAAAAUUCUAAAGAUUGUAAGAACGACGAUAGACAACAGAAGUCGAAUGAUCUAAUGAAGUCGAGCAGCCAUAAUGAGAUACAGAGAGAUGAAGAGUACUACAGGCAACUGUUGAUUGAGGGAGGAUCGCCCUUCCCCCGAAGGAGUGGCAUACAGAAAUCCGAAAGUGCUAAAGAAAUGCUGAUUGCUCACAGAGAAAGAGAGCAGAAACCACUGCCAACCUCAACUUCAGCUGAUUUUCCAGUGAGAGUAGAAGUGAUGCAGCACGAAUUUCCACCUUUGCCGCCGUCUCCAGUGGAGGAAGAUGAAGAUGAGUAUUCCGAGAUUAUCCAAUUGAGCCAAAAACACAGUCCAGACUCUUUGCCCAACGGUAAAGAGCCACCUUUAGUGCCUCCUCAUAGAGAUCAAAUUUCGAAUAGUUUGAAAACACGUUCAAUGGACGCUAACUACAAUAGAGGUAGACGUGGAUUUUUUAGUUCCUCUAACAGAAAUAUCCCGAGUGAACGCCGCACCUUACCGACAGAAUUACAGGAUUCCAAACGAAGGUUCUUUCAGAAGAGGGCCUCGCAAAGUCCUCAAGAAGAAAUGCAUCUUCAAACUUCUUGUAGCUUGCCGGAAACGCCUAUUUUCGCUAGAGGUUGUGAUAUUCCUCGUACUCCUCAUAGACGUGCACCCGAGAUACCUAGCAGAAACACGGCUCCAAGACAAAGCAGUACCCUAGGGAGUCUAAACACUAUCGGUAAUUUGUCCUCUGGUGGUCUAUCGACAAGUGGAUAUCGGAGAGGCAAUUCUACGGGCUUCGAGCAGGCUGUGGUUGGUACGGAGUUGCUACGACUAGCAGGAGGUCCUGGAAGAGGUUGGUAUCCUAAACAGAGGAAUAGAAGACCCGUGUCGAUCGAACAUUUGGAUAGGAUGGCGCCUGGCCAUAACCCUUGGGAAUCUAACAGAAAGCCGCUUACUCUUCCUCCGAAUUUAACCCCAAAGUUCUUCCAAAGAUCCCCUAGAGACGCUUUAAGACGUGUAACUAGUCUGCUCAUAAGGAAAGGCAAUGGCAAGGAGUCUAAAAAGGAGAAGGAAUCGGUUUCUCCAACAAUACACGAAAACGCAAAUGGUGAAGAGGUCCAAAAGAAGAAAGGAUUCUUCAAGAACCUCUGGAAGAAAUCUCGGCAUUACUCACUAGAGCAGCAAUAAAUAGACCACUUCAAAAAUAGAUUAAUUUUUGUGUACAUUUUAUAUAACAAAUCUAACCUAAUAGAACUAAAAUUUGUAUGUUUAACACAGCACUUCACAGACUCUAAUAAGAUAUGUAGAUAUUUUAACUACCCCAUUUGUUAAUUUGUAAACACGCAACUGAUAUUCCGUUGAAUUUUUUAUGGAUAUAAUAUAUAUCUAUCGUUUGUAAAAUUGUACAUUUUUAUUUAUGUCUCAAUUUUCUAUAUGUGUGUUUAUGAUUCAAUAAAUUGUAUUGGAUAAA